GACGGAAGACGGUGUGUGUGAAGCUUGUGUGAAGACUGUGAAGCUUAUCUGUUAUCUAUUCUCAGAUCUCUGAUUCUCUUCCAAAAAGUUCUUGUUCUCUUCAUCUUGGAUUGUAAACUAUAUUUAUUACCUACAGUAGGGAUUCAAAUUCAAUAACGAUACAGUGGAUUUUACAAUACAAUACAAUAAUCUUUAUUUGCACACCAUAAAAAAACUUAAGUUGGACUGGAGUUCUGCUAUCAUCCUGAAAUAUUUGACACAAUGCCAUAUAUCAAGACGUGUUCAUAUCUUAACUGUGGGAACAUCAACAUGAAGAAUCCGGAGUUGUCAUUAUUUAGCUUCCCCAUUAACGAUGAAUCCCGUCUAAAGCUUUGGAUCCAGAAUUCAGGAAAUUCACAACUGGAUUCAUUAACCAAUAAUGAACUGAGGUAUCAUUACAUUUGUGCCGCUCACUUUCCUAAUGCAAGAGAUCGUAGACAACUACAUAGAGACAUACUACUUGGUUCCGCUGUUCCAUACCAUUUCCAAUCCACUGAAACUGAAACAGCAUCAACACCUUCCAUGAGUCAUGUUAAAGAUGUGGAAAUAAAUGCUAGAGCAGUCUCUCCUGACGUGUUGAAAGUGAUACCACCUAAAAAGUUUUAUGAAAACAAAAAUAAACAAAAUCGCUUACAGGAAUCGACUCCUGUAUCAAGUAGUACAGGAGAGCAGUAUAAGAUGGAGGAUGACAUAGACAUAGAGGAGCAUGAUCUGUUGGACGACCCCGCCUUGAGGAGCGUGUUUCCAGAUCUUGUCAUCCUCAAAAGGGAAAUCAUUGAUUUUGAUAUCAGAGAAGAAACCACAACAACGCCAGAAAUUCCAAUGAGACAGGAAUACCAACUGGAUUGCACUUUGAAGGAGAACAGUGGGAGUCCUCCUCCCGUGUGUCCCGCGCAUGACACAGAUGUCAAACCUGACGUGUUAUCUACGGACAUGGAUGACACAAUAACUAUCAAGGGCAACAGUUUGACAGAAUUUGACGAAGUUGAAACUGAAAUCAAAAAGGAAUCAGAGAAUGUUGUAGGAAGUGAAUUGCCAUUUUGCAGAAACAGAAUUAAACUCGCCAACAUAAAUGUAGAUGAGUUUAACGAAGAACGAGAAAUUGAUGCACCAGGUGACUGUAAUAAUGUUGUUAACAACAAAACACAUAAGGAUACAGAUUUGGCAGUGUCAAUAAACUCUGAUGAAAAUGGAAGCAUGAGGAUAACUAAACAGUAUUAUGAAAUGGAAAAAUAUAAAAAUAUAAAUAAGUCGUUCGAGUGUAUAACUUGCAAUAAAACCUUCAGUAACCUAUACACUUUGAAAAAACACAACUUAAUUCACACUGGCGAUAAGCCAUUCCAGUGUGACAUUUGCACGAAAACAUAUACCCAAAGAGGAAAUUUGAAGAGCCACAAGUUAAUUCACACUGGUGAAAGACCAUUUCAGUGUGAAACUUGCAAGAAAACAUUCAGAGAUAGGUCGGCUUUAAAACGACACAAGCUAACUCACACUGGUGAAAAGCAAUUCCAGUGUGACAUUUGCUCUAAAAAAUUCUACCGAAGAAGUCAUUUGAAGAGCCACAACUUAACUCACACUGGCGAAAAGCCAUUCCAGUGUGACAUUUGCACGAAAUCAUUGAUGCAUAGAUGUAGUCUUAAGGUGCACAUGUUACUUCACACUGGGGAAAAAUCUUUCCAGUGUGACAUUUUCACGAAAUCAUUUUACCAUAGGGGUAAUCUUAAGAGGCAUAUGUUACUUCACACUGGCGAAAAGCCAUACUUUUGUGACAUUUGCAAGAAAACAUUUAGGCAUCGGGGCCCAUUGAAAGAACAUAAGUUACUUCACACUGGCGAAAAGCCAUUCUAGUGUGACAUUUGCACGAAAUCAUUUACCCAAAGAGGCAAUUUUAAGAAGCACAUGUUACAUCACUCUGCACCCCAGUCAUAGUCAUGAUUCUGAUGAGUGAGAAAAAAUGUGACAUCAGGGAAACAUGACGAGGAAAUAUAGUACAUGACACGGCGUGAAACUGCGGGAUGUCCGUGAGUGUCUGUGGGGCGCGCGGUUCCACCUUUUUUGGCCUAAGAUUUAUUUGUCUAAUCUCUUAUUGCAUAGUAACGUUUGGUCAAAGUCUCGUUUCGCCGAAAAUCGAAUGGCAUAAAUCUCGUUAAGUAAAAAGUUA